UCAUUAUACAGUACAUCUGCACAUACAAAACGUAUAUAUAUAUAUAUAUGUAUUGUAUCUAUCUAUCUAUCCUCCAUAACAUCAUCACCUUCUUCACUUCCUCUGCCCUAUCCUUCCCUCAAGAUCAACCGCUCCUCCCCGAUUGAUCAAUUGAUAUUAAUUAAUUAAUUAAAUCCAGUUAUAGAUGUCGAUGGGAGGAAGCGUGAACGUGGUUGGAGGUGCAGGUGCUCACCAUCGGCGGCGAGAGUUGUCUGAGCACAAGGCUGAGGCGGACGAGGUUGACGUUGAGGCCAACAAUGGUGAUCAUUACUAUAUCCAUCCGCCGCUACGGUACUCGCUGAUUCGUAGGUGCAGAAUGGCGGAGAAGUGGCUGGUCCGGCUGGAACAAUGCGUAUCGUGUUCCAGGGGAUUUAUCAAAUCCAGAAAGCGUAUUCAGAUUCAGGCUACUAAGCUGCUGCUGCUGUUCCUUGUCAUUCUCUACUUCGCCAUGCUCUUCUCGCCUCUCUUCUUUCUUCACAAUAAUAAACAUAAACAUAGCAUUAAUGGCAAACUUCCAGGCCUAGUCAUGGACUCGGACAGUAUCGUGAUUAAUAUUCAGAGUCUGAUUAAUGAAGUCUAUUCGUCCAAGAAUAUACUCCUCGGCAAACACUCCUCUGACUCUGACUCUGACUCUGGGCAGAGACGCCAAGUCAAGGAAUUCCCGGAACCUGAAAUAUGGAUGAAGGCCAAGAGUGACGACCUUUACAAGUGUAUAACUCGGCCCCAGAAUCGAAUCAGAGCUGAAUCCUCAACUAAUGGUUAUCUUCUGGUUCAUGCCAAUGGAGGACUGAAUCAAAUGAGGAUAGGGAUUUGCGAUAUGGUUGCUAUAGCAAAGAUUAUGAACGCGACUCUGGUGCUUCCAUCCCUCGAUCACACAAGCUUUUGGAAGGAUCCAAGCGAAUUCAGUGAUAUCUUUGAUUCGGGGCAUUUCAUAGACAUGUUAAGAGAUGAUAUAGAGAUUUUGGAGAAGUUGCCAUCGGAGUUUGAAUCAGUAGUGCCACUGGCCAAAGCACCCGUCUCUUGGUCUAAGGCAAGUUACUACAGAGGAACGAUUCUGUCGCUGCUGCAGAAGCACAAGGUAAUCAAUUUCACUCACGCUGACGCACGCCUUGUAAACAAUGGCCUAGCUCCUUCCCUUCAGAGACUGAGGUGCCGCGCAAAUUAUGAAGCGCUUCGAUACACUCCAGAGAUAGAGGAGCUUGGCAAGAAGCUGGUGGAUAGGCUGAGAGCUGAUGAUGAGCCGUAUGUGGCGCUUCAUCUCAGGUUUGAGAAGGACAUGCUGGCAUUCACCGGUUGCAGCCAUAGUCUAAGCGCAGCUGAGGCUGAGGAGCUCAGUAAAAUGAGGCACCAAGUGAAGCACUGGAAGCAGAAGAAAAUCGACAGCAGGAAGAGGAGGCUGGAAGGGGGCUGUCCGAUGUCUCCUCGGGAGGCAGCACUGUUUCUCAGCGCGAUGGGGUAUCCAACUACGACUAGAAUAUACAUCGUGGCAGGGGAGAUCUAUGGAACGAACAGCAUGGAUGAAUUUAUAGCUAAAUAUCCAAACACUUAUUCGCAUUCAACGCUAGCAACGCCUCAGGAGUUAGCGCCAUUCAUGCAGUAUCAGAACCGUCUGGCUGCCUUAGACUACAUGAUAGCUUUCGAAAGCAAUGUGUUUGUUUACACAUACGACGGGAAUAUGGCUAAAGCAGUGCAGGGGCACAGGAAGUAUGAAGGAUUCAGGAAAACAAUAAGCCCCGACAAGUUCAACUUUGUACGCCUCAUCGAUUCUUUGGACAAGGGGUCCCUUUCUUGGGAGGACUUUGCUGUGAAGGUGAAGAGCUUACAUGAGAACAGAAAUGGAGGACCAUAUCCCAGACAAGAAGGAAAAACUCCGAAACUAGAGGAGAACUUCUACGCAAAUCCUUUCCCUGGUUGUCUUUGCAACCGAACUCAGGAGGAUGAGGCAGGCAAAGUUCAACAGGAGGUUGCAGAACAAAGAUAGCACACAACUCCGAGUUUUAUUUAGAACGUACGACAACAAAGUUAGCCAUGUACAUUGUGAUUUCUUCUGUGUCAUAUACCUUUCCGAGGUCUGCCAUGUACAUUGUGAUUUCUUCUGUGUCAUAUACCUUUCCGAGGUCUGCGGCUGGUGAAGAUGGCGACUUCAUUUUUGUUUGAGGACAAAGCAGGUUAGUUAGAGAAAUAGGAACAAUUUUGCUUUAGCUACUUCUUUUGGACUGAGGUGGUUUAGGUAUAGAUUAGGAUAUGAAUAUUA